UCUCCAAGCUCCCCAUGGCCAACCCAUACACCUUCCUUAAGCCUCAUAUAGACCAUUUCUUCUCCUUCCAAAGAACCUUGGUCUCUCAAACCCUUCCCACUCCUCCCCCUUCCACAAAGGAAGCACUCCAUCUCCUCAACCUCCUACCUUCAAACCAUGACUGCAACCAUGGUCACAAACAUGAUCAACAACAGAAGAUAGUAGAGGAAGUCAUGGAGGGUGCGGAAAUCAAGCUCCAGAUUGGCCCAGCAUCUCCAAACCCCAACUGUGCCCUCGAUCUCACAAAUAGUUCUACCGUUGCCGAUGAUGGUGAUAGCAAGGUGGAAGAAAGCGAAGAGCCAGGAUCAGAGGAGGGUACUGCUAGUGAUGGCCAUUGCUUGGAGUACUUCGCCAUUGGAAAGCUCACCAAGGGAAACUAUUGGAUCCCUACCCCAGCUCAGAUCCUCAUCGGCCCCACACUGUUCGCCUGCCCUGUGUGCUGCAAGACAUUCAGCAGAUACAACAACCUGCAGAUGCACAUGUGGGGGCACGGGUCGCAGUUCCGCCGCGGCCCUGACUCGCUCCGCGGCGCGCAGCCGGCGGCGAUGCUCCGUCUGCCAUGCUUCUGCUGCGAGCCGGGGUGCCGGAACAACGUGGACCACCCGCGCGCGCGGCCGCUCAAGGACUUCCGGACGCUUCAGACGCACUACCGGCGCAGGCACUGCGCCAGGCCCUUCCUCUGCCGCCGGUGCGGCAAGGCCCUCGCCGUGCGCGGUGACUGGCGCACGCACGAGAAGAACUGCGGCCGCCGAUGGCGUUGCGCCUGCGGCUCCGACUUCAAGCACAAGCGCUCGCUCAAGGACCACGUACAGGCGUUCGGGCGCGGCCACGUCGAGGAGCCGCUGCCGACGACCGCCAAGAUGUAG